AUGGCGCUUCCAAAUCAAAACGAUGCCGUUUAUACAUCAACAUCAGAUGAAGCCCCAGCAUCACCACCUCCUACUAUACUUCCUACACUUCCUAUCGAUCUGGUUGUUGAAAUCUUGUGUAGAUUACCGGUAAAAUUUCUUCUUCAAUUCCGAUCUGUCUGUAAGUUAUGGAAUUCGUUUAUUUCUGAUCCCAAAUUUGCUCAGAAACACCUUUCCUUAUCAACAAUGUGCCGCAUCAACUCUGUUUACUACUCCAAUUCUCUAUGCAAGUACAUUUUUGAGUCGUAUCCACUCAACUCCAUUUUCUCUACCAUAUACACCAAGCUCGAGUAUCCUUCCAAUGGUUUUGAUGUAAAUUAUCAUCCAAACUGUGCAUAUUCGAUUGUUGGCUCUUGCAAUGGCAUCCUUUGCCUUGCUCUCUUUGAUCAGAUUAAUAUUGUGCUUGUGUGGAACCCUUCCGUUAGAAAAUUCAAAGAAUUGCCAAAUCUUGUAAAACCUAAAGUUCGGUGUUUUACAUCAUACGGCUUUGGCUAUGAUCUUGUUAACCAUGUUUACAAGGCCGUGGUUGUUUUUCGGUAUUCUGGUGUCAAAACUGAAGUGAAGGUUCAUACUCUUGGUACUAAUUUCUGGAAAAGUGUUGAAAGAUUUCCUUUUGGUUGUGUCCCGCAUACGCGAUCAGGGACAUUCAUUAGUGGUACAAUUAAUUGGUUGGCUUUUAAAGAUGAGACAGAUGAAUCUUUUAUUGUUUCUUUUGAUUUGAGAACGGAGUCUUACCAAGAAAUUUUACAGCCCAAUUAUGUAGACGACUUAGACUGUUCAUCCUUAGGUGUGUUGAGAGAUUGCUUGUGUCUAAUUUCUUAUCACGAUGUUUGGAUUAUGAAGGAAUUCGGAAACAAAGAUUCUUGGACUAGAUUGUUCGUUAAUACCGAUCCUGCAGUAAAAGACAUCGAUUACACAAACCUUUGCCUUGUUCCGAAUGUAGAGGAUCCACAAGUUGUUGGUCAAUUCCGUCCAAUAGCUUUGUGCAAUGUUAUUUACAAGGUUCAUAGUAAAAUUGUUGUUAAUAGGAUGAAGCUGAUUCAAGAUCUCGGUUAUUUUAUGAUAAACAGCUCUAAUGGUGCGAGGUUUUACGAGAUUUCUCAGAAUACAAAAGGCAUGGGAAAUUCUAAGUGA